CCAAAUAAUCAUCAAGCCCUCGACUCGAAAACCACACACUACAUUACAUAUCUCACUAUAGCGCUCCACGAUGCGGUUACUCAAGUCGCAAAUCGAGCAAAAGACUGGCUCGGGUUUUGCCACACUACUCCCGGAAGAGCCAGAGGACAUGUGGCAUGCCUACAACCUCAUCCAAGAAAAUGACCGAAUUCGCGCCAAAGCUGUACGGCGAGUAGCCAAAGAAAGCGGCGCCGGCUCCGUGUCCUCACAGCGCAUCACGCUCGACCUCACUAUUGCCGUCACGUCAACAGACUUCGAUAUCGCGUCCGGGCAAAUGCACGUCGCCGGGCGCGUCGCUUCAGAGAAUGAGCACGUCAAGAUGGGGCAGCAUCACACGCUGGAUCUGGAGCUGAACCGAAAAUUCACACUCGAAAAGGGCGAUGGGUGGGACAGCGUAGCGCUGGAGAUGCUGAAAGAGGCGUGCGAAACGGAGCGAAGAGCAGAACUAUGGGCCGUCGUACUUGGCGAGGGGACAGCAAACAUCUGCAUGAUCACCGAGCACCAGACGAUCCUGAGGCAGAAGAUCGAGGUGGCAGUGCCACGGAAGCGGAAAGGUGGCGUUGACGGACACAGCAAAGGGAUGGACAGGUUCUUCUCAACAACCCUCUCCACGCUGCUCCGACACAUGGACCUCGCAGGCUCUACGGCGCAGCAGGCCAAGACACUGCCACUUUUGCUCGCAGGUCCUGGCUUCAUCGCCCAAGCCUUCCUCACGUACAUACGAGGCGAAGCGACACGCACAACCAACAAACCCCUGCUCGCGAUGAUUCCCUCGAUAGUCGUGGCUCACGCCUCGUCAGCGCACAUGCACUCGCUCGACGAAAUCCUGUCGUCGCCCGCAAUCACAACCAAGCUCUCCGACACCAAAUACGCGCGCGAGACGGCACUGAUGGACAAGUUCCUCACGCUCAUGCGCCACGACGAUGGACGUGCAUGGUACGGACCCCGAGAAGUAGAGAGAGCGGUGGACAAGGGGGCUGUGGGGAGGGGAGGCGGUGUAUUGAUGAUCAACAAUGCGCUGUUCAGGGCACAGAACGUGGCGGAGAGGAGGAGAUGGGUCACGCUUGUGGACCGGGUGCGCGAGGUCGAGGGUGGGGAGGUCAGGGUAUUGAGUUCGCUGCAUGAGAGCGGGAAGAGGCUGGAGGGGCUGGGGAACGUGGCGGCGAUUUUGACGUAUCCGUUGGAGGAUCUUGACGAGGAGGAGGAUGGGGUGGAUGGGGUGGAUGGAGAAGGGGAUGAGAUGAUUAUUUGAGAACCAAUGGCAAUAUACCCACUUGC